AAAACAAAAAAGGAAGGGAAAGUGGAAAGAAAUGCUUAGAAAAUGAAAUUCGUUGUGUUCCCUAUUUAAGGGCCAUGCUUAGAAAGAAGGUCAUUGCACAACUUUUGGCCCAAGGUUGUUCACCAGACGCCCAGCUCAGCCAGGCCAGCAGCACCCUCGUUCGCCCAUGGCCCUCCUGCUCUCUCUACUCACCGCCCUGGUGGUGUUCAGCGCUGGCCCCGGGGGAGCUCUGGGCUGUGACCUGCCUCAGGACCACGUCCUGCUCAGCAGGGAGAACUUAGAGCUUCUGAACCAAAUGAGCACGAUCUCCCCUGUCUUCUGUGUGAAGGACAGAAAGGACUUCAGAUUCCCGCGGGCAACGGUGGAUGGCAGCCAGGUCCAGAAGGCCCAGGCCAUCGCUGUCCUCCACGAGAUGCUCCAGCAGGUCUUCAACCUCUUGCCCACAGAGAACUCCUCUGUCACCUGGAACACGACCCUGGUGGGCCUACUGCGCUCAGGACUCCAUCGGCAGCUGGAAGCCCUGGAGGCGUGUUUGGUGGAGGAGAUGGGAGAGGAAGGAUCUGCCCUGGCCAUGCAGGGCCCUCCCCCGGCCUUGAAGAGGUACUUCCAGGGCAUCCGUCUCUACCUGAAGGAGAAGAAAUACAGUGACUGCGCCUGGGAGGUUGUCAGAGGGGAAAUCAUGAGAUCCUUCCCCUCAAUAACAGCCUUGCAAGAAAGACUAAGAAAUAAGGAUGGAGACGUGGGAUCCCCCUGAAAGGACUCUCAGGGAUGAAUGUGCCACAUCACGGUUGCACAUCUGUCCUGGGUCAUGUCCAAAGGCUCUCACAUCUGCUCUAGUCACAGAAUUUAUUGAAUUUUACUCAGGAAAUCUGUUGUCAGAGUAUUAAGUGAGAAAAUGUUAGAAAAUUCAGUUCCUGGGUCAACGGUCCCUGAU